AACUCUCUCUCACAAACACAAACUAAAAAAGAAAAAAGAAAAACCUCUCCGCCACCCUCUCCGCCGUGGUCCGCCAUCGUGAUGGCAAUCUCUCAGAUCUACUUCACAGCCACCGCCUUUUUCCUCCUCCAACUCAUUUCUUCUCCCAUUCACAGCCACGCCAGAAGCCAUGAACAGGAAGCUGCCACGGCGGACAGAAUCUCCAGCCUGCCAGGUCAGCCGGAGGUCUCUUUCGAGCAGUUCUCCGGGUACGUGACCGUGAACCACGUGGCAGGUCGAGCCCUCUUCUACUGGCUCACCGAAGCCUCCCUCCAACCCCUCUCCAAGCCCCUCGUCGUCUGGCUCAAUGGAGGUCCGGGUUGCUCCUCCAUAGCUUAUGGAGCUUCCGAAGAAAUUGGUCCAUUUAGAAUCAAUAAGACAGCCUCCGGCCUAGUCACCAACAAGUUCUCUUGGAACUCCGUCGCCAACCUCCUCUUCCUCGAAACUCCGGCCGGUGUCGGGUUCUCUUAUACCAAUCGCUCCUCUGACUUGCUCGAUACGGGUGACCGUCGUACUGCAAAGGAUUCUCUGGAAUUCCUCGUACAAUGGCUCGGUCGUUUCCCGAGGUACAAGAACCGCGACGUUUUUCUUACGGGAGAAAGCUAUGCUGGUCACUAUGUUCCUCAGCUUGCCAGAGAAAUCUUGGCCUACAAUGCAAAAUCCUCCCACCCUAUUCAUCUCAAGGGAAUCAUGGUUGGCAAUGCUGUGACAGACAACUACUACGACAACUUAGGGACAGUAACUUACUGGUGGAGUCAUGCUAUGAUCUCGGAUAAGACGUACCAUGAGCUCAUUAACACUUGUGAUUUUAGUCGACAAAAGGAAUCGAACGAGUGCGAGUCCUUGUACACCUAUGCCAUGGAUAAAGAGUUUGGGAACAUUGAUCAGUACAACAUUUAUGCACCUCCUUGCAACCACUCGGACGGUAGCCUCACGACCCGUCAGAGUACUAUGCGAUUGCCUCACCGACCUCACCGGGCAUUCAGGCAAAUGGCCGGCUAUGAUCCUUGUACUGAGAAAUAUGCAGAAAUAUACUACAAUAGGCCAGAUGUACAGAAAGCUCUUCAUGCCAACAUAACAAAAAUUCCUUAUAGAUGGACUGCUUGCAGCGAAAUCUUGAAUCGAAAUUGGAACGACACCGACGUAUCGAUACUUCCAAUUUACAGGGAGUUGAUAUCAAGUGGCAUGAGAGUGUGGGUUUUCAGUGGAGAUGUGGACUCAGUGGUGCCUGUAACAGCAACAAGAUAUUCCAUUUCACAGCUGAAAUUAACUACGAAAGUUCCAUGGUAUCCAUGGUAUGUCAAAAACCAGGUGGGAGGUUGGACAGAGGUUUAUGAAGGGCUUACCUUCGCAACAGUGAGAGGAGCAGGGCAUGAAGUUCCAUUGUUCAAACCAAGAGCGGCUCUUCAGCUUUUCAAAUCUUUCAUCAAAGGAGAACCGUUGCCAAAAUCUUGAAAUCCCAUUUUCAUGAUUCUCUUUGGAAGUAAGAAAUUGGUGGAAUGUAAUGUUCUAAUUCUUUGAAACUAUUAGCAGAAUUGGGGAUUGGGGAAGGAGAAAAGGGGAUAGAAGUAAUUUAAGAAGGGAUCAUUAUGUAAUUGUGAAUUUCUUUUUAAGUCAUAAUUCUAAAUUUGACAAAUCUUCAUUGCACCA